AUGACCCCCGUACACUUCAGCUUCAGCUCAGCCUUCACUCUAGGCCUUAUGGGUCUGGCCUUUCACCGCACCCACCUCCUAUCGGCAUUAUUAUGCUUAGAGGGGAUGAUAUUAUCACUUUAUAUUGCCCUAUCCCUAUGAUGCCUCCAACUAGAAGCCACCAUAUUCUCAGCAGCCCCAAUACUCCUUCUUGCCUUCUCAGCAUGCGAAGCAAGUGCAGGCUUAGCCCUACUUGUAGCAACAGCUCGAACCCAUGGCACUGACCACUUACAAAACCUCAACCUUCUACAAUGCUA